AUGGAUCGACAAUCUGCCACACUCGCAAACAGGAAUGCAGUGCUAUACAGGCCUGCACUUGGUGAGAUUGAUGCCAACGUUCAAAGCUUGGCGAGCGUGGAGGCCCUCGGAAGGGCUGGGGGAGUUUCUUUGAGCAAGGGGCAGAGAGGUGGAAAGAAAGCCCUGAAGAGUUAUGGGGAGGAAGAGGAGGAGGAGUAUGAGGAGGAAGAAGACGAAGAGGGAGAUAGUUCCGUUCCUGAUCCGCAGGACAUCGAAAUCAAUUACGAUGAGCUCCCUCUCGAUGAGGGCGAAGAAGCAGAAGAAGAAGAAGAAGAAGAAGAAGAAGAGGUGGAUAAUGAGGAAGCAGUGACCGAGAGCUCUAAUCGGUCAAAGAAGGCCCGUCUCUCGAUUGAGUCAGCUGAGGAUUGGAUCAGCAACUACAACAAAGAAAACCCCGUCGACAAGAACGAUCCAGAACUGCAGCGAUUCCAGGGUCUCUUUUCGGCAUUGAUCAGGGGCGCAUGCGAAUGGGCCCGUGAGGAUUACAACGGAUCACUCAACGCCUGGUUUGGACUACCAGCUAAGGGCCGAGAAAUGACAAGGCCAUUCAGAGGCAAACUGGCUCAUGUCGUUAUCCAAGACGUGAUCGAUAAUCUCUUGGGUCAUAUACUAGAUAAAGGAAAGAAGGUUCUCGGGAGGGGGGAUCUUACUGCUAUAGAUCUACUCGAUCUGCCCAGGGCACCAGAACGUAUAUUACACCGAAUUGUAUAUGCCGAUGCACCAGUGCAAGCCGGAGUCGACAAUAUUACACGAAUACCUUCUAUACAUGGAAAUGGUCCAGUCAAGACACUCAAGAGAAAUAUACGGCUUGCGAAGAAAACCAAGACAAAGGCAUAUAUCGGUUCCUCGAUUAACCGCCUAGGAGGAUACACUAGGUUACGGGAUCACGAAAAAGGAUCGAACGGUAUUUACUCAACGCUCUCCAAGCACUACAAGUUCAGUCAACAACAGGAUGUGGCCCCGAACCUCCGUAUUAUUGGGAUGUGGUCGAAUCCUCAUGUGGUAGAGGACCUCAAUGCCGACAAUGAUACUCAGAGAUGGUUGCCUGUAUUCUGUGAGGGUAUGAUUAUGGUGUACCUGGGUUUACUGAAUCGCCAUGACCGACCGAUUUCUCCAAACCCAUCGGUUAAAGACCUCUUUUCAGAUGCGAAAUACGAUCUUAUCGAUAAGUUGCGCAACGGCCUAGAAUUGCCCAAUCUUCAGCAAGAGUCCCUGAAUAGCGCAUGGCCUCUGGCACAAGGUGUCAAUGGAGGAAUGGUUGUAGCGAAUGAGUGUGCAUAUUGCAAGCAACCAAGGUUCGCCAACGGCAAGAAAAGAAGUUUCCUUCUUGGAAUCGGUGAGAUGAAAGGUCUACUAAUAUGCCGAGCUUGCUACGCCCAUGCCCAGAGGCACGAUGGUGUAAUGGACGAGGGUGGCAGGCGGCGGACCCAUCACCAAGAACGUGGCUCCCGGACUUGCGUUGAUUGCCAGACUGAUGAAGCCACUGCAGGCAAGCGAGUAUUGUGGUUCCGAGCCUACGAUGAAGAAGAUACUAGCGAUAAAAAAGACGUCAAGUGGAGAUGCAAAAGAUGCCACCAAAGAUGCCACCUUCUCACCAUCAAUAACAAAGCCCCAUUACUAUCUGCAGAGGAGCAAACAUGUUUCGAUUGCGGAAUAAGCGAAGUGGAAAAGGGGAAAAAGCUCAAAUGGUAUAAUAUCAAGGGCAAUACUGAAGGCAAAAAGAGAUGCGCAAAAUGCUACCAGAGAACCCAAGAAAAUGGACCAUUACUAUCCGCAGAGGAGCAAACAUGUUUCGAAUGCGGAAUAAGCGAAGUGGAAAAGGGGAAAAAGCUCAAAUGGUAUAAUAUCAAGGGCAAUACUGAAGGCAAAAAGAGAUGCGCAAAAUGCUACCAGAAAGCCUCUAGAUCUACGCACACGCAUGCGCCGGCACAGAAAAUCACCAUAAACGAAUCGACAGGUAUGGAGUUCAGUCUUCGGCCACAAAACUGCGGUCCUCGGGUAAGCAGAGUCUUUUUAGCUGUUGAUUACAGCGGAUAUAGUUGA